UUUCAGCUGAAUGUCUCAAUGUGAGCGAGGAUAUGAACAUAACAUGAAGGCACUAUAACCUGUAUGGACUAACAACACUUUUUAAUGGACCAAGAUUGUCUGUGAAGCCCUGUGGAAUAAAAGCGGCCUGCAGGUCAAUAUUUGGCAGCGUCUUUUCCUGAUUUGGUUACCAACAUGGGGAACGGAUUAUCAGACCAUCACUUCCUCUGCCUGCCAUCCUUCCAGGCACUCCACAUCGUCAUUCUGGGUCUGGAUUGUGCGGGGAAGACCACUGUGUUAUACCGCCUGCGCUUUAAUGAGUUUGUGAACACUGUCCCCACGAAAGGUUUUAACACAGAGAAGAUCAAAGUGUCACUGGGAGGCAGCAGGCGGACCGCUUCCUUCCACUUCUGGGACGUGGGUGGUCAGGAGAAGCUGCGGCCUCUGUGGCGCUCUUACACCCGCUGUGCUGAUGGCAUCGUGUUUGUGGUGGACUCUGUGGACGCAGAACGCAUUGAGGAGGCCAAAACCGAGCUACAUAAGAUCACACGUCUGGCUGAGAACCAGGGCGUGCCGGUGCUGGUAGUGGCAAACAAACAGGACUUAAGGAACUCGCUAAGCCUGGCAGAGAUGGAGAGCAUGCUGGCUCUGGGUGAGCUAAGCACGGCGACACCCUGGCACCUUCAGCCGGCAUGUGCCAUUAUCGGCGAGGGUCUGCAGGAGGGUCUGGAGAAGCUGCACGCCAUGAUCAUGAAGAGGAGGAAGAUGCUGCGGCAGCAGAAGAAGAAGAGAUGAUGUGGGAGCUAAAGAACACGUGAGGUGGAUCUACAGAACUAAUCAUUUGGCCUCUGAUUGGCUGAGUUUGAUCCCUCCGGUGGGAUCAGGUCAGAGGAGGGCAGCAGGAUUGAUUUUGCCCCUAGGUCCCUGAAAGUCAACAGCAACAAGUCAAUCUGAACAAAGUCCAGAGCUGUGCUGCUCAGCAGCAAGCUAUGAAGUUUACUGAACUCUUAAAAUGAGCUCUGACUCAUCUGUUUUAAGUCAUUUUGUAAAAAUAUGUGCUGCUUCUACAUUCAGAAACAAUCUUUAUAUUUUUAUUCUACCAAAGCUUGUAUAGAGAUGGCAGACGUGACAGUAUUAGAACAAAGAGAUGAGAGUAUUCUCCAUCCAUGUUGCACAAAAAAAGGAGAUUGGUCCAGAAGUUUACAUGCAGAGGAAUGGCUGAAAACAGGAAGCAAAAUGAGGCCAAGAAACAUGUAAACACAAAUCAAAGAUGGCUGCUAAUGAUGGAAACUAUGAGUGAGAUGACUGGUAGAGGACUUUCCUUCCUGUGGGAAGAUAAUAAGCUAUGACGGGCUAAGAUAAGAGCACAGUCACACUAAUCAUUCUUAUAUGGCAUCUAUCCUUCUGAGUUAGUCAGAAGCAGAAAGACGGGGAUGUCCCAAUGACAGAAAGAUCAUUCAGACAAAUUCUGAUUUCAAUAAGUGUCCUAACAGCAUGCAAGCACCAGUUAUCCCAUUGAAUCUUGCAGUAAAUUUUAAUUUUUAGCUGGUCAGAUAUGACAUCUAUCACUUUUAUUCAACAGCAUUUAGAGGUGGUGAGGCAUAAACUCUGUGUUGAAACAAGUUAGAGCACAACAUAUGCGCAUGCAUAUUAAGUAACCACUGUUUCCUCUCUGAUAAACAACUGUUGAGGUGUGUGAGAAAAGUGAUGGGAAAUCAAGAAAAUAUUCCUGUGAAACACCCUUGAUUCCUUGUCAUCUUCCCUGUUCCUUGUUCUUUGGUCAUGCCAACACAAACAACAAGAGAGGAAAAUAAGAACAGCAUGAUGGGUCCAAAACUGCGUGUCAUGUUGCAUUCUUUGUAGGCUGCCAGGACACUACAAUAGAAAUUGAGUUGACUUUGUUGAUGCUGCUGCUGUUAGAACAAUCCGUAAUGUUUGGCAUGUUUGAGCCUUUUGUUGAAGUAAUGAAUGCAUUACUCAAAGUGUAGAAAAAUCAUGAAAUAUUUAUGUUAAAACUUAACGACAAUGGCUGAUUGUGUUCUUUAAGAUAACUUAAUCCUCAUAAAUCAUUUAUUAAUCAAUCAUAGAGGUAAAAACUGCUUUGCCUUAUAUGAAGAUGUUCUUUGUACACCUGGGGAGGUAAUUUACUAUCUCACAAAUGCUAGAAGAAGAAAUGUUAGCUUCUUCUGCUGCCAAGACAAUCAUUUAUGAAUCUUACAAAACCCUAUAAAAGGCAACUUUUAGAAUAAGAUUUUAAAAAUCCUUUUUAAAACCAUUAACUUCUUAACACAGAGCCUGAAAAGCUUUUCAGUUAUCAAACUUAAAUAAGGACUGAGUAACUAAGAUGAAUAAUUGGCCCAGGUAUUUAUUCCUAGAAUGUCCAUUAACAGCUUUGUUUGCUCUGGCAGUACUAGUCAGCAUAAAAGCCCAGAUACUGCGUCUAAGAGCCUCACUUUAGUGCAAAUGUUAGCAACAUCCAUCAUUCUUUUAAAUAUCCAGGUAAAGGUCAGAUAUUGCCCUCUGAAAAGAAAAAAAAACAGAAGAAACAGUUGUGGACUCAUCCCUAUUAAGGCUGGGCAGUUAAUCGAAAUUCAGAUUAAAUCAUGUUCUACUGCAAUUUUAAAAUCACAAAAGGUGCAAUAUUUCUUUAACCCAAAAUGUGUCAAAAUAUCUGCUCAUUUUUUGCAGCAGAGAUGUAAACGUUCAUUUGUCAGUUUUUCUGUAACAGUUUGCCACAUAUCCUACUUUCCUCAUUUGUGUCUGUUUUUCUUAGUAAAAAAGAGAAUGACAAAAAUGAUCAUUCCUUCAACACAACAGUUUAUAUUGAAUUAGCAAUGUGAGUUAAAGAAAAACACAAUUAGAUGUUUUUAAAUGACUCAGCCUUAGUUUAAUCUAUCUAAUAUUGUGUUGGCUAUAAUAUAGAAUGAUUUAUUACUUGUACAUCAUUAAUGGUAUAUUAAAUCCAAUCACAAUACUGAAAAAAUGCAAUUAAAGUCCACUAGUCAAGAGGAGCACAAUAUGGACUGACUAUCCUUCAGAUGGAACGACAGCUAUGAAAGUGAGAACAUGGCAAAAAGUUAUCCUAAUUAGGUUUGCUUAAUGAUUGUGAUUAUUAUUAGCUGAGUGUGUAUUUAUAUGUUAUCCACAAAAGUGCCCAAGCCUCGGGGUUUAUAAAACACCAUUGAUACUGUAGCAGUGUUCCAGCAAAUCAGUUAAUUUCAAGCCAAGUUUCAUUUUCCAAAAAAAGUACAUCCCUUAAGUCGUAAUAAGGUAGACAGUAAAAUAGAAAAUGAACCUUGUUCUCAGUUAGGUGCGCUAGCUUUGUUCAGUGAAAACAGACCCCCCCACACACACCUCAAUACCAGAAUUUUAAUUUUGAUGUGAUUCUAGUAAAAGUCAGACCCUGUUUUGAUAUUGGCAUCAAAAUUGGAUCUUGGCAUCUAUAUCAGGCUGUGUCUUGUUUUAAAUGACACUUUGAAUCACUAAAAUAACACAUUAAACCAGCACAUGGGCUCAAAAAGACAUCAGAUUUUAUUAACAACCCCACCAACUUCUAGAUAAACAUCGUCUUUAUGUAAUGCAGUAUAACUGUGAUAAAAGGCUCUGUUAUAAUCCGAUUGGGACAAAUUAAGAAGAAAGUGAUUCACCAGAUCAGAAAUUUAACACCAUGCCCUGCCCUAUCUGUCAUCUCCUUGUGUCUGUUGAAGUUGAGACUCUUUUGCUGUGACCUGCAAAGAUUGACGGGUCCCGUCGGCUCAGCAGGACUGUCCCUUGGCUGCCCGUCGAGAAAGCUUCGUGUGAGCUGGAUGAGCGUUCACAUGACCAGCAGAGAUGCCGUCUGAAUGCACUUUAAUGACAAAUGGACUUUGAAAGGACGCUGACAGAAUUGUGAAUGAUUCUGAACCUAAACGAGGUGAAAUAUUGCUUCAGAAGAAGCGUUUCUAUAUAAAAUAUGUUGAUGGUGUUGUCACUCUUCAGCUCUGUUUGCAGGGUGUUCAUAUUUAUGUGUUUGAUCACUUUGUUCACUCAGAAUUAAAAGAACAGUGACGGA